AGAAAAUCGCGCGCAAAGUGAUGGUUCCUCUAACACUGUUUACGUUCUUAAUUUGUAGUGUUAUAAUCGAAUCGGUUUCUUCGGCCGAACAACCGAAUGUGAUUGUUAUUGUUGCUGAUGACCUCGGCUGGAACGACGUUGGGUUUCAUGGAAGCAAUCAAAUUCCGACACCAAAUAUAGACGCCUUAGCUUAUAACGGCAUAAUACUCAACAGCCAUUACGUUCAUUCAACUAGUAGUCCUACAAGAACUGCACUUCUCACUGGAAAAUAUCCUAUGAAAUUGGGUUUACAAGGAACUUCAUUUUUACCUGCCGACAAACGAUCUUUACCAGAAGGAAAGUUAUUACCAGAAUAUUUUAAGGAACUCGGAUAUGCCACUUAUUUAGUUGGAAAAUGGCAUUUAGGGUACUCAAAAUGGAACGAUACACCACAGUUUAAGGGAUUCGACCAUCAUUUUGGCUUUUAUAAUAGCUUCACUAGUUAUUAUGAUUAUUUAACUACAUAUAAGUUCGAUAACAAGGAGUACACAGGCUUUGAUUUAAGAAAAGAUGGAAAAUCAGCACACGAAGAAAGUGGAAAAUAUGCCACUGAUCUGUUCACAGAUUAUACAGUAAAGACUAUUAUGGAACAGGACAGUUCCAAGCCCUUCUUUAUUAUGUUGGCACAUUUGGCCGUGCAUGCUGGUAAUGAUGGAAAGCUCCUCGAAGCACCUCAAGAGACUAUCAACAAAUUUAGUUACAUUGUAGAUUCCAAUAGACGGACUUAUGCAGCGAUGGUCUCAAAGUUAGACGACAGUGUGGGAGCUAUAGUAGAGGCUUUAGAUAAUAAAAAUAUAAUGGCAAACACAAUUGUAGUCUUCAUAAGUGAUAAUGGAGCCGCAACUGUAGCUCCAACAUUUCGAAAUUGGGGUAGCAAUGCCCCCCUCAGAGGAGUAAAAAAUACGUUAUUUGAAGGAGGUAUCCGUAGUGUUGGCUUCGUUUACAGUCCCCUAUUAGUACAGUCAGCAAGAGUGUCAACUGAUCUAAUACAUGUAACUGACUGGUUGCCAACAUUAUUUUCUGCUGCUGGAGGAGAUAUUGGUAUUUUGGAUCAGGAUUUAGAUGGAAUAGAUCAGUGGUCAAGCUUGGUUUAUGAUCUACCGUCUCCACGAAACGACAUCUUAUUGAAUAUAGAUGAAAAAACAAGAAAUGCUGCGCUUAGAUUUUAUAACUGGAAACUAAUUGUAGGAGGAACACAAAAUGAAUCGUUGAGCGGGUAUUAUGGAGACACAGUUUUAGAAAAUAUUGAAGACCAGAGCUACAAUUUGGCGACAGUAAUUGAAAGUCCAGCUGGAAAAGUCGCAAACAAAAUCAAUUACAGUCCUUUAAGUCCUGAGGAGUAUGAGCACCUUAGAUCGAAAGCUACUGUAUCCUGUCAUGCUAAAAAGAAUCCUUGUGAUCCUGUAGGUGGAUCCUAUUGCUUGUAUGACAUUCCAAGUGACCCCUGUGAAGAAAACGACCUAGCGAAAUUUUUCCCCAGUGUCGUCAGACAAAUGAAGAGGGCGUUAGUGAACUAUAGAAGCAGCCUUGUAACCCAAGUAGAAGAAGAAACGGAUAUUGAAAAAGCCAAUCCACAAUUAUUUAAAUAUAGCUGGAAUCCGUGGUUGGAAUGCACUAAACCUGACUGUCAAUCACCUUUAGACAAUUCGAAAUAAUGCCUAUAGAAUUCAAUAGUAACACUGACAUUUCUUAAAAUGCUGUUAAUGUUUUAGGAUGUACGUACACGUUGAAGAUAUUAAAGAAACAUCAUAGAUGAAAUUUCUUUAUAAAACAAAAAGGCUUAGA